AAAGGCCGCUUUACACACUGAGAAAGUUGAAACUGUUUGAACUUUAUUUUAUUGGCGCCAAAUCUAGAGAAAGUCUAGUGAUUUUAAUUUGCCGCUGGUUUCUAGCAUCAAUGAAAUUGCACCUUUAGAUCAAAAUCGUAGGUCGCCAGAUCCACGUGAGAGUCAACGGAUACAAAUUCAAUAAACACGCGACUUCUUAUUUUUUUAUUGUUAUAAAUUGCACAAUGGAGAGUUUUCCUAGAGGCGGAAAGAAACGCGAAAUUAAGAGAUCGUCAAAUAUGUUGUUUGAUGAGCAAUCUAAAUUGAAGAAGAAACGUAAAACUCGAAUAAAAAAAGGAGAUAAUGUAAGAAAUGAGAAAGGAAUAAGUCUUAUUGCUACUGCAGAACGCUUAUCCAAUAUAACAUUACGUGAAGGAAUGACAGUACUCGGCCGAAUUUCUCGAGUAUCAGAGUAUGACUUAAUUAUAUCUAUACCAGGUGGAAUUUUAGGGCAUGUAGAAAUCACAAAUCUAAGCGAAUCAUAUACAAAUCUAUUGCAAAAUAUAAUCAGCACAAAAGCCAUCCAAUCAAAUGAAUUUAAACCUUUGCCAGAUUUAUAUAAUCCUGGGGAUUAUGUAAUAUGUUAUGUUAAGAAUAUAAAUCCCCAAGGAAAAUGGUUGUACAACUUAUCUUUAGAGCCACAAUUAAUAAAUCAAAAUGUACAUAAUAGUUAUCUUGUAAAAAAUGCAAAGAUAGUUUGUACUAUUAAAAGUAUAGAAGAUCAUGGCUAUGUAGUUGAUACAGGCAUAGCUAGUGUUAGAGCAUUUCUUGCUACCAAGGAUGUUGAUAAAGAAAAGAAAUAUUUUCCAGGUAAUCAACUUUUGUGCAUAAUUAAUGAGGUAGAAACUGCAAAUUACUCAUCUGUCAUCAAACUGUCAGCUAAAAGAAAAAAGAUUAAUAACGUUAGUAUACAUGAUAUAGCCUCUUUAGAUGUUCUAGCACCAGGAACAAAAUUGUCUCUUUGUGUGGCAAAGAUACUCUCCAAUGGUCUGCAAGUUACAUUUGGGAAAAAUAAUAUUGGAUACAUAAAUCAAAUUUAUCUAGACAAUCCUUUGUCCAUGUAUAUAGAAAAUAUGGAAGUGACUGGUACAUUGUUAUAUAUAUUACCAACUGUAAAGUUGGCUUACUUUAGUCUACUAACUGACAAAUCUGAAAAAGAGAAAUUGAGUAAAGGUGAUAUUAUAAAAAAGGCCAAAGUUUUGUACAAGGAAUCCAAUGGGAUAAUUUUAAACAUAUCUGAAUCUGGACUCCGUGGAUUUGUUUCUUUAGUAAAAACCAAUGUAUCGUUUGACAAAAUCCCGACCGAGUUUAAACAAGGUUCCACACAUAAGUGCAGGAUACUCGCAUAUAAUUGGAUGGAACAUCUUUAUGUUUGUACAAUGGAGGAUGAAAUUUUAAAACAGAAAUACUUUUCAUCUUCUGAUUUAAACUGUGGUGAUAUCAUUACUGUAACUAUUACAUCUAUUGAUAAAGGUAGUGGUUAUAUGCAUGUACAAGCAGGAAAUAUUUUGGGAUUUGUUUCACCGAUGCAUGUAUCUGAUAGUGGUUUAAGUGCAUUAAAUAAAAUGAAAAUCGGAGAUAGCAUCGAAGCAAGAGUCUUGGAUCUCAAAACUUCUAAUGACAAUAAUGUGAAUGUAAUAUUUACUUUGAAACAGUCGCUAAUAAAAAGCAAACUACCAGUUUUACAUGAUAUUCAUAAGGCACAAUGCGGAUUGGAAUAUCAUGGUACAAUCACUAAAAUAGAUAAGAAUGGUUUAUUGGUGAGAUUUUAUGGGAAUAUAAGAGGAUGGGUGUCACGCUCUACGUUAAACAGUAAGACACACAAUAUGAAUUGGAAUUACUCCAUUGGUCAAACUAUUACUGUAUGCAUCGAAUCUAUUGAAAAGUAUGAAAUAAAACUAAAGAUUGUUACUGAAAAACAGAAACAGCAGACUGAGAAUUUUUCGAUUGGAGAAAUGAUUGAAGGAACAGUUAUAGAAUCGUCCAUCAAGGGUGUAUACUUAAGAAUUCAUAGAGGAAAUGAUGAAAACGUCACAACAGCGUUCUUACCAGCGGGUCAUAUAGCUCCGUGUAUCGAAAUUGGCAGUUUAUUGGCAUCAAAAUAUAAUCCUGGAGAUGUAAUUUCAGCUUUAGUUUUCGCUACAAAGCCAAGUAUAAUACUUUCACGUACUUUUGUGACACAAGAACGAUAUAGGAGCUUUGAUUUAUUAAAAAUAGGUGAUUGUAUUCCAUGUACAAUCGCAGAUAUGUCUCAAGAUGGUAUGAGAGUUGUCUUACCUAUUGAAAAUUAUUCGAAAUUGGGAUUUGUAUCUUAUAAAAAUGUCAGCAAUUUUGAACUAUUGCAUGUGAAUCAAAUAUUAUUCGUUAAAAUCACGGCUAUCAAUAUGCGAGAGAAAUAUUUAACUCUGACAAUGGCGUUGAAAGAUGUAUGGGAUAGUAUGUCGGAAAACGAAGUUAAAAUGAUGACUGCGGUGGAUGUUCUGAGUUUAUACCUCAACAGAUUAUCGGAACUAGCGAACAAUACGUUUUACAAGAACAUUCCGAUUUCAUCGGCAAUUUUGGGUCAAAAGAUUACUGGCAUUAUCGAGAAGAUUACUGAACACGGUCUUGUGCUUCGAGUUAAUGAUUAUUUGACCGGUACAGUACGCAAAGAUCAUUAUUCUGGCGAGUUUAAGAUUGGGGACAAGGUGUCCGGUACAAUCUUAUGGAAGAAUUAUGUCCACGAACUCGUCGAUAUAUCAUUAUUACCGAGAAUAAUAAACGGCAUUAGUUCGAAGCAAAAAUUAUUACCGGAACUUCCUACCGGUGUUGCACUAAGAGCCGAGAUUUUAUUGAUUACCAAAUGGUUGAUACUUCUUCUCAUAAAACGCAAUGGUUCAGGAUAUCUGGCAGCAUUACCCGUUCGCCGACACAUUAAUGACGUCUCUCCUGAUUUAACGCCUUACACGAUUCACGCCAAGAUUCGAGUGUAUGUUAUAAUGACGGGAAAGGAGUCUGAUAUUGUUCCCGUCUGUAUGUUAAAGUCUGCAUUUGAAACCAAAAUCCCAAAGGAUGCAACUGCAACUACGAAGAAAAAUUUGAAAAGAAAAAAAAUACCCGAACAACACAAUGUAAUAACUUUUACAAAUUCAUCGGAGCAAAAGAGAACGCCAGAGAAAAAGAGUAAGAAGAAAUAUGAAAUCAAAGAAAAGGAAACUGAAAUCGAAGAAGAUGAAACCGAAAUCAAUGAAGAGAAAACUGAAAUCAAUGAAGAGGAAACCGAAAUCAAUGAAGAGAAUGUAGAUAGAAUAAAGGAUGUAGAUGAGUAUUCUGAGUUGAGUAAAGAUUCAUCCGAUGAGAGUGAAAAAGAAGAAGAUACACCGAAUGCGGAUAGAUUACAUAUUCAAGAGUGUGGAUUUUCCUGGGACGAUAAAGCAAACUUAGCUGUUUCUGCCGAAACAUCUAGCGAUGAUGAGGAGGAACCUGAGGAAGAACCUAAGCGAAAAAAGAAGAAAUUGAGCGCAGCCGAGCGUCGAGAGCAGGAACGCGAAAAAGAACGCAAGAUCCGUCAACGAGAGGAAGCUCUAGCGAGUAAUGAAAUACCCAAUUCGAUAGAUCAAUUUGAUAAAUUGGUCUUAUCCAGCCCCGACAGUUCCUUGGUGUGGUUGCAGUAUAUGGCAUAUCAUUUGCAAGCCACGGAAAUUGAUAAAGCGAGAGCGGUCGUGAAACGAGCCAUCAAAACGAUUAAUUUCAGGGAAGAAAACGAACGGUUAAACGUAUGGAACGCUUGGCUAAAUCUGGAAUCUAGAUUCGGCACUCUGGAAUCUCUGAACGACGUGUUUCGGGAAGCUGUGCAGAACAAUGACGCAUUUAAAAUAUAUACACACAUGUUGACUGUACAUGCGGAUGCUAGUAGAAUGAUUGAAUUACAAAAAUUGGUCGCCACUAUAAUCGGCAAAUUCAAACAGGAUCCUGAAACAUGGAUAAGCUGUGGCGCUGCAUUCCUGAAGAUUGGUUUGAAAGAAAAAUCACGAUACAUUAUGCAACGAGCAUUGCAAUCAUUGCCUGCAUCUCAACAUGUGAAUUUAUUAGUAAGAUUUGCGAAUUUGGAAAACAAACUGGGAGAUAAGGAACGAGCACAGACGUUAUUCGAAAAUAUCCUAUGCUCUUAUCCAAAACGUGUCGAUGUAUGGUCAUGUUACAUAGACUGCUUGAUAAAAUCUAAAAACAUUGAUAUAGCCAGGAAAGUAUUGGAACGGGCCUGCUUUCAAACACUUCCAGUAAGAAAAAUGAAGACUUUAUUUACAAAAUUUAAAAAUUUCGAAGAAAAAUAUGGUACGCCCGAGACUGUAGCUCGUAUAGUACAAAUGGCUGCUGAUUAUGUCGAGAAACAAUGUAACAAGGAAUAAAUAUAAAACUUUAUCCAAAAUUAAUAUUUGAAAAAGAUAUUAAGAGAAUAUAAAUAUUAAAAAAGUUACAAUGAAUUGUAAUUCUAAACAAAAAUUAGAACAUAAUAGAAGAAUAUGUAUAAUUAGUUAAACAAUAUAAU